AUGGGAAAUCAAAUGGCAAGAAAUUAAGACAAUGUUCCUUUGGCUCCAUAUAAUGUGUCUGAAAAUUACUAACCUUAGAUGGGAGCUUAUGGUAAUAACUAAUAUUCAAUCAAUUCUAAUUACUCAGCUGCAAAUGACAUGGCAAAUCCUCAAUAUGUAUAACAUUAAAAUGUUUAACUUCAUAAUCAAUAACAAUCUACACCUAAUUAACCUAAUAUGUCUCCUAUUCCACCAAUACCAACACAACCCAUUUAAUUAGGAAUUCCAGUUAUCUAGUCACUUGAAAUUGGUUAAAUACCCUAAUAAGCAAUAACAAAUGAUCUUAAAGAUUAACCAUUCCAUAUCAAAAAAAAAGAAAUCAUUAAAGCACUUACAAUAUAUCUCAUAAUGCAAUUAAUUUAAAAUGGAUUAUCGUUGUUUAUAUGUAUAUACUUAGCGCAAAUCAGGAUGGAUGGAAGAUUUUCUUCAAUAAUUUGCCUCAUUAGUUCUCUGUGCAGCCUUGUAGUUGUUAUCUCAGGAAAAUAUUAGAAAUUUCAAGAAAAUCCAAGGGCCAUAAUUAACAGCAUCCUAAUUAUACUGUUCUAUAGUUCAACAAUCAUUUCCUAUUUCUACUUCGAAAGUAAAUAAGCUACUAGCGAUUCCUACUUGAUGGGGAUAGUAUACGUGGUUUUAGUUCUGUAGUCUGCAACAAAUUGUAUAGUAAUUACAAUAACUAUUUUAUAUUUUGUUAUAGAAUAGAAACAGGUUAGAUUUGAAAUUUAUUUCUUAAUGCUUUGCUUCGGAGGAUUCAUAGCGAUUAUGAUAGAAAUUUGGCUAUUAUUUUUUGUUUGUACUGCUUUCAUAUUUGGUACCUUACUAAUGGUAGUACUUCAAUAAUUGAUGAGUGGAAGAUUCCAAUUAAAAAAGAAUUAAUCCUUUGGAUUGUGCAAUGCAAUUUAUUUAGGAAUUUUGGUUCCAUGUAAUAUUUUUUGA